AGUAAUGGUUUCAUUCAUUUCAGUUUAACACUUUCUUUUGGUUUCAUUUAACAAACUCCGAUGAGUAUAGUUAUAGAUAUGGCACAGCCCUCCAGCAAAAUCAAGUCUGUCUAGAUUGUCAAACGAAGGCAGAGCUUAACCUUUUGAUUCCGAUGCAGUACAAACAGCUCAUAUUGAACCUCUCCGACAUCUAAAGAAGGAUUGCCAUCCUGUUAUGAGUAAGGCAGCUCUUUGUGGUGGCAGACAUGAACUGGAUGUCCUUACAGGUCCUGCUUGGCGGGGUUAGCCAGUACUCCACUGUAUUUGGGCGUGUCUGGCUAUCGGUGGUGUUUGUGUGUCGUGUCCUGGUGUUUGUGGUGGCCAUUCAGCAGGUGUGGAGUGAUGAACAGAAAGAUUUCAUCUGCAACACCGCCCAGCCGGGUUGUACUAAUGUCUGCUAUGACCAUUAUUUCCCCAUCUCCCACAUCCGUAUUUGGGCUCUCCAGAUCAUUUUUGUCACUUGCCCGUCUCUCAUGGUGGUGGCUCAUGUCAAGUAUCGUGAAAUGAAGAAUGAGAAGUACACCAAUGUCCACAAGGGUGAACACCUGUAUGCCAACCCAGGAAAGAAGCGCGGAGGGCUAUGGUACACCUACAUCCUCAGCCUGGUGUUCAAAGCUGGCUUUGAUGCAUGUUUCCUCUAUAUUCUGUACCACAUUUAUCAUUUUGACAUGCCAAGAGUUGUCAAAUGCACUGAGGAACCUUGCCCAAAUAAAGUUGACUGCUACAUCUCCCGUCCUACAGAAAAGAAAAUCUUCACCUUCUUUAUGGUGGUCACUUCAUCACUCUGCAUUUUCAUGUGUAUCUGCGAGAUGUUCUAUCUGAUUACCAAGAAAAUUCGCAAGUGCCUGCUUAAACAGCAUCAACGCCUUUUACAGCAUGAUUACAAAAGGGUGGAUCCAACGGCUUCAUCCAACCAGAAUCUCAGCAACUUUAAAAAGGCAAAGGUCACAGGAGGAGAGAAGGAUUCAGAACCAGCAUAGUUAUCGUCUGAAAUGAUUGUGAUGCAAGCAGGCAUUAUAAACAUUAAUGAGACACACUGGACCUUGCUAAUAAUAAAGAUAAUGCCAAUACACCAAAGGAAUAUUGCUUUUUCUUGGGACAAUAACAUAUCUAUGACAAAUUUUGAAUUUCAUUAUUUUCUUAUAUGCAAUCAUUUAAAUGAAAAAAUAAAAUAAAAUUUGGAAGUGUAUUCUUGAGUCUCCUCCACUAAAGGAGCACAGUGUCCCCUAGUGUACAGACCCACUUCAGAGAACAACAUAGUGGGGAGGAAACCAUAGUAAGAAUCCAGUUCCUGGCCUAAUACAGUAAAUAAAGUGUCCACACUAAAGUCUGACAUUUUCUGCAAAACAUUGAUUAACAGCUACUGGACACACAGAAAGUCUUGAAAGCUGGACUGCACUAACCUAAUGAAGUCUUUUCAUUUUGCACAUCAAUACUUUUAUGAUUUGCUCAAAAACAAAUGUAAUGCUUCAUGUACAGUACAUGGGUUUAAGACGUUAAGAUGUACAAAUCAAAAGUACAAUAAUAACUAAUUAGUAUGUGAGGUGAAAGUAAUUACACUUUUAAUGUCAUAAAUUUAUUUUUGUCGGAUAUGCCUUACAAGAUUGUUACACUGAAUUACAUUUUAGGGAGUCUCUUCUGUAAAUCAGGAAAAAAUUGAUGAUUUAGAUUUUUGAUUUUUUUUUUUUUUUUUUUUUUUGCUUGACAAAAUUGAAAUUAAAUUAAACAGAAAAAAAGAGGAAAAACUAUUUAAAGCAUUAUUACACUUGAUGCUUAAACCCUUUUUCGUCUUUGACCCACUUGCACUGUAAAGUAAUAAUGUUUACAGAAAUAUUUUUUGAAUAUACAUAUGCUUUACUGUAUUUGUUCUUGUUUAUUUUGCACAUACUGUACUUCAAAGUGAAGCACUACUAAAUUAUAUACUAAAUAAAAGCAUAAAUGAGUACACCAUCUCUGAACAUAUCUCUAUUUCUUAAUGGUCAA